UGUUCCAGGAGCCCUGUUGUGCGCCUGCGCGAUGCUGGGCCUGGCGCGCAGUUUGAAUUUCCCGGGGCGCUGCUUCCUCUGAUCCUGGGUUUCUGGAGUCUGUGCAGCUUGGCCUCCAGCUUCCAGUGAGUCCUUUGUUCCUAGUCGGCACGAAGUUGAGGAUCCGGACCUCAGAAGCAGCCAGAAGCAUCGUUUGGCAGUUGUUGUUCAGACACCUAAACGAUGGCCUCAGAUCUGGAACAAUUGUGCUUUCAUGUUAAUGAAAAGAUCAGCAAUAUUAAAAGAACUCUGUCACUAAGAAAUCUUGGCCAGGAACCUGCCUCAAACACCUUAUUAAGUAAAAUAGGAGAUGAGAUUGUUGUAGUUAAUGAACUUCUCAAUAAAUUUGAAUUGGAAAUUCAGUAUCUCGAACAAACCAACACGUCACUCAAGGAGCUCUGUGACUCUCUUGAAGAAGAUUAUAAAGAUGUAGAACAUCUCCAAGAAAACAUUCCUGCUCAUCUGCCUCAAGUGAAAGUAACCCAGAGCUUGGCUAGUGAAUCAAAUCUUGACCCAGCAGAACCACUCAAAGUUGAGGAAUCUGCACCCACAAAGAAGCCUCCUAAAGAACAGCGAAGUAUUAAAGAAAUGUUAUUUAUAACUAUGGAUGAGUUCAGUGGUGUUCCUGCGUACAUGAAGUCUCGCUUAACCUAUUGUCAAAUUAAUGAUGUCAUUAAAGAAAUCAACAAGGCUGUGGUUAGUAAAUACAAGAUUGUCCAUCAACCAAAAGCAUCUCUGAAUUCUGUGAACAGAAAUCUCUAUCACAGAUUUAUUAAUGAAGAAACAAAGGAUACUAAAGGGCAUUAUUUUAUAGUGGAAGCGGACAUAAAGGAGUUCACGACUUUGAAAACCGACAAGAGGUUUUUUAUGAUCCUGAAUAUUUUGCGACACUGCCGGAGGCUGUCAGAGGUCCGAGGGGGUGGACUUACCCGUUACGUCAUAGCAUGAGGGUUUGCAAGCUUCCAACGCAAGCAACAGGAAGGCGCGGGGGCUAAUGCUGGCAGUUUCUCACAUAUAACUUAUUUAGUCUUUUCAUUUCCUAUGCUGUUUCUUACAGAAAUAAAAACCUUUUUAGAUAUAGCAUAUAUAAUCAGAUUUCACUGCCUUCCAGCAAGAAUAUAACCAUUUACCAUCUAAGCCUCUGAACUAGACAAGCACAUAAUGGAGCUAAGAAGUACGCAUGUAUAAUUUUGUGUUUUGUGACACGGAUAUAUGUGUGACAUUUGAAAGGAAAGGGGCAAGAAGAGGAGGUCACAGAUAGCCAGUCCUGGAAUUCCAGCUUCCUUGUGUCUGACUCCAUCAUCUCAGUCCACAGGUAGACUUUUGAGAAGUGAUCUGGAGGUGACCUGUGUGUCUGAUUCUUGGGCCUCCUGGACAUCCUUAGGGAAUAGUGCCUGAAAUUCAUACUGUGUAAUGAAAGUGGAAUGCAAGUAUGUUGAAAUGCCAUGAUACUGUGAUAGAAUAAAUGUGUAUAGUUGAUUUUGGUCCCUAUGUCUUUACUCUUAACAUUCUUUAGUGUCCUAAGCGAUGAGGUGCAUUUUUUGUUGUUGUUGUUCUGUUUGGCUGGGGUCAAAACCCCGCUUCCUGGCAUAGAACUCUUAAAUCCCUUUGAAUUUCCUGCUAACAGGACCAUAUUUUAUUCUAAUGAGGUGAUUCUUGCUGGGCCUCUGGAUCGCUUCAGGGGGCUGCUCAUGCAAGCUGUGACAGAAAAGGUUCCAACUCUUAUCAUCCCCUCCCCCCAGUCUCUAAGGGAAGGGAGAGGAGCUGAGAUUAAAUGAAUCCAUCAUGCUGACAUGAUGAAUGCAUAUGAAACCCCUAAACUAUGGAGUUUGGAGAGCUUCCUGGUUGACAAACACACUGAUGUACCAAGAGGGUGGAUUUCCCCAACUAUUUGGACAGCAGCUGAAAGAAAGCUUCUGGACCUUUCCUUUGUUCAUCUGGGUAAUUACCGGUACUGUUGUAAUAGCCUUUAUAUAAUAAAGUAGUAA